AAAUUUUAAGAUUUUGAGCUACUAAACGUAUUUUCAUUCUACCAGAAUCUUCCAUAAAACGAUAGCUUUUAAAUGACAAUUCUAUAAAAAUGUUUACCCAUUGCAACAAAACGUUUAUUUUAUUACUAUGCGUUUGUUACAUUUACUGUGACAAUGCUUCAGAAAUCGAAUACCUAAAAAACCUAAUCAACGAAGGUACCCGACAAGCUGAAAACUAUCAACUACGUACCGAUGCAAAAAUCCACGAAGCCAACAACGAUAACAUUUUUCAAGAAUAUGGAACAUACGAUUUCGUCAUAAUAGGAGGCGGCACCAGCGGCUCAGUAGUAGCCAGCAGGCUCUCAGAACUCGACUUUCAGGUACUGCUUUUAGAGGCCGGAAACUUCUCCAACAACGGAUUCGAGCAAUUCAUCAGAUUCGCCGAACCCUUCCACAUGUACACCGAUUGGAACUGGGGCUACAAGAGCGUUCCCCAGCAAUUCGGCUGCCUCGGAGUGGUCAACGAGUCCUGUUUGCUGCCGCGCGGCAAAGGCGUCGGCGGCAACACCCUCAUCAACGACGCCAUCUACAGCCGGGGCCACCCCAGCAACUUCGACGACUGGGCGAGGAUCGUCGACGACGCGAGCUGGUCGUACGACGAGGUGCUCAAAUGGUUCAAAAAAUCGGAGAACUUCCACAGCAGCAACUCCAAAGCGAGGCCGGCGUUUUCCUACCACGGCACCGCCGGAGAGCUGAACGUGCAAGACAGGAUUCCGGAUACCUUCCUCACCGAUGCCUUCGUGCGCGCCAACGAGGAGCUCGGUUACCACGUCACCGAUAUGAACAAGCCGAGUCAAAUCGGUACUUCGAUUUACCAGUACUACGUCUCCAAGACCGGACGAAGGCAAGACUUCGGAAACUUGUUCUUAAAACCGCAUUUAAAGAGGACGAAUUUGAAAGUACUAACAGGAAGUUACGUUACCAACAUCGUCAUUAAUCCGAGCACUAAACGAGCUACCGGUGCCGUUUUCACGAACGCCGGUCGAACUUAUCGCGUAAAAGCCAAAUUAGAGGUCAUACUAUCAGCAGGCGUGAUUGGUAGCCCUCAAAUUUUGAUGCUGUCCGGCGUAGGACCCAAAAAACACCUACAACAACACGGUAUUACUGUAAUAGAAGACUUGGAGGUCGGUAGUACAUUAAGAGACCAGCUAUACGUCGAUUUGAGAUUUUCAUCUAACAUUAACAUACCCGAAGAGAGUUUGGACGAUCAGCUAAAAGACUACAUUAAAGGAAUCGGUACUUUAACAGCCCCGAUGGUAAAUCAAGCGCUAGGCUUUUACAAAAUCAACCGACCAGGCAGCACGCCCAACGUAGAAGUCUUCAGCGAUCUCAUAGCGUAUUCCGACGGCGAACGAAGACUCAUGGGAUUCAAACCCGAGAUUUACGAGGCCCUCUGGGGCUCCAACAACACCCACGUUUCGUUCGUCAUAGAAAAUCUUCUGCCGAAGUCCACGGGAACGGUGCGAUUGAAGGACAACAAUCCCUUCGAAUACCCUCUAAUUGACCCGAACGUGCUGGCCCACCACGAAGACAUCGACGUACUGUACCAAGGGAUACAAUUCAUUUUAAGGUUAGCCCAAACACGGGCCUACCAGAGGCUGGGUUUGAGCUACAUCGCCAACCCGUUGCCGCCCUGUCGCCAUCUGCAAUUCAGAUCCAAGCAGUAUUGGUACUGCUUCAUACGUCAGCUAUCCCAAUCGGCCUUCCACCCGGUGGGCACCUGCCCGAUGGGCGCGAGCCGACGACACGGGGUGGUGGAUUCGGAUCUCAAGGUGUUCGGGAUAAAAGGACUCAGGGUCGUCGAUUCGUCGGUGUUCCCUACGCAGAUUUCUGGUCAUCCGGACGUCGCUGCUCUGAUGAUUGCCGAGAAGAUAUCGGAGAUCAUCAAGUCCGAGCAUUCGAGCAAAACGAACGGUUUUUAAUUUAUUUAAAUGGAUUUUAUUUAAAUAGAGUACCUAAAUGGAAACAUAAAUCUUGUUUAAGUAAAUGGAAAAAUAAAUAGUAAAGAAUUUUUGUUUAAAUAGUAACAUUGUAACCCAUUGAAAGUUUGAUAAUGGUAUAUUUAGAAUGAAAAAUUGCCAAUUAUCGACAAUUGUUUUUGUUCGAAAUGGAGUUGAAAGAUAAUAAAGGUUUUAAC